AUGAUUAAAAAAUGCUACGAAACUGGACAAGUGCCAAAUAAUUUUACAAAGUGUAUAAUUGUACCGAUUCCAAAAAAAACAACGGCAAAAACAUGUGAACAACAUAGAACACUAAGUUUAAUAUCACAUACGUAAAAAAUCCUUCCCCGAAUUGUGUUAAAAAGAAUGGAACGAGUAAUAGAUGAACUGCUAACUGAGGACUAAUUUGGAUUUAGGAGAGGAAAAGGCACUAGAGAAGCUAUUUUAGCACUAAGACAAGUUAUUGAAAAGCAGAAUAGAAAAAGAAAAUCAACUUUUAUAGCUUUCGUCGAUCUGGAAAAGGCUUUUGAUAAUGUGAAUUGGAAAGUGAUAUUUAAAAUCUUGAAAAAAGUCGGGGUGACAUAUAAGAAUAGAAGAAUAAUUAAAAGCUUGUACGAACAAGAAAUAGGAGUGAUACGAUGUGGAAAUAGCCGGGAAGAAGCAGAAAUUAGGAAGGGAGUGAGGCAGGGAUGCACACUGUCUCCGUCCCUUUUUAACCUGNAAGUAAGAGAAGAAAUUGAAGUAGGGAUAAGGAUAAAUGGUGAAAGAAUAGAUAUGCUAAGAUUUGCAGAUGACAUAGCGGUAAUAACAGACAAUGAAGAGAUCUACAGAAUAUCUUAG